AUCCCAGGAGCCCCCGUGGGGGUUGAGGGGACCCUGCCCCUGAGGAGUUGCUGGGUCUGGGCUUGAGAUGAGUCUGGGCUGACCCCCCCCCUUUCCCAUCCCCUCCCCCUGCAAAUCCAAACACACCAAACUUGGCAUUUCACGCUUAUAGCUGCGGCUGGCUGCCCACCCUGCAGAUCGUCCGCCAUGCCAAGUCGGUCACUCGUCACUGGAAGGCGAUGCACUUUGAGCGGCAGAAACUGAUGGCGGUGACGGAGUACAUUGCUCCCAAACCGGAGAAGUGCAUCGCUCCCCGCAUCAAAGCAGUCACGGAGGAGAAUGGCUAUGCAAAGCUGUUACGCUGGCAAGUGACGGAGACGUUCCGGGACAGUAAAAUGAUCGCCGUGUGUCAGCACAACUUUACGCCCAGCGAGGAAAUGCUGCUCAUGAAACACCGCCUCAGGAAGCACAACAUCCAUGUCAAGUUCUUCCCUAAUGAGAUUGUGAGACCCUACCUGUCAGUAUCCAAAUACAAGAACCUCCUGCCUCUCUUUGUGGGCUGCAAUCUCAUGUUAGUGAGCCCAGAAAUCAAGGUGAAGGAAAUGUUGCGAAUACUGAAGAACGUGCCACAGAUAAACCUCCUAGGUGCCUGCGUUGACAACACCAUCCUAAGCAACCAGGGGGUCAUAAACUACUCCAAGCUGCCCACUAUGGAAAUCACCCAGGGGCAAGUGGUGGGCACUCUCUCUCUCAUGGCGUCCCAGACGUGUGGUCUCCUGCAGCACAGCUCCGUGCACCUCACGGCUUUGCUGGAUCAGUACAUCAAACAGCAAAGUAGCGGAGCUGGGGAGACUGGGAAGGCAGGGGAAGGCCAGGCUGAGUUGGAGCCUGCCAGGAGUUCUGCGGGCCUUUGAUGCCAGUUCCCCGGCACUCUGUUUAUUAACCACAUCCUGUACAUAGAGACUUAUAGCAGGGAGCUGCCAGGUUUCAUCUCAGGUGGGUGUGGAUUAGUGGGAGAGGCCAAUCACCUGCCUACGCCAACAACAGAAUUAGCAGGAAAAAGAUCCUAGGGGACUAACCUGUCAGACUGGUGCCAAUGGAAUGUGCUACUGUUUGGGGGUGGAGUCUGCUGUGUUUGGGGGUGGAGUCUGCAAGGUAGGUCCAGUCCUCCUUUCUCAGCCUGGAUAUGUGAAGCUAUUCCUCCCUUCGCUUUCUGUAUAACCUGCUCUGGUCAGUUGGUAAUGCAACUGAUGGAUCAUCCCGAGUCUUCCACAGUGGGAAGGAUUGUUCUGCGAUGUGGGGAGUGGAGCAGAUGGUGGUUGUACUGCAUGCUUUCCAACCACCACCAAUCCAGCAGUGAGAAUCACUGGGCUCUGGGGGGACCAGAAAGCACAUGGGGAAAUUCAGAGUCCCUCUCUCAGUUAGGGGAACUGAAAGGCAGCCACCUCUAGGGUGGAAGGCACCAACUGUUUAAUGACACACAGUAACGCUCCUCUACAGUUUAAGACAGGAAGUGAAGAAGACACUGAAACAGCAGGCUAUGCUAGGGACACCGAACGGAGGGAUAUGCCUUCACAGCAGCUGGAAAGUGUAAUUCCUAGUGCGGGCAGAUGUACACACGUUAGCUCUGUGUAAGCUCCCCCCUAAAUAUAGCACUGUGUCAGCCGUGGCUCGAGGUAGCCGCCUGUGACUAGCCUGUGUGCCUGUGGCCACCCUGCUAUUUUUAGGUGCUGGCUUGAGUAGAGCUAAUGCACAUACGUCUGUCCCAGCAGGGUAUUCCAUCUCCCAGCUGCUGUGUCAACGUCCCCUUCAUGGCUUGAGCCGUGUUUAACCCUAGAGAAGGAUGAACAUUUUCUAUGGAGACAUUUUUGCUGAUGGAAAAUGGCUUUUUUUUUUUUUUUUUUUUUUUUUCAAAACAGAAUUUCUUGGGGGAGGAAAGGGGCAUCUGUUCUUGUUAAACUGUGAAAGAUUUUGGAGUCUUCAGUUAACUCCUGAAAACAUUUGAAGACAAAUCUUAUUUUUGUUGGAAACAUUUUACAAAGGAGGGGGAAAAAGAAAACGAGCUCGGCUUUGGCUAACAGCUCUGUUCUUUCAGAUGGGGCCCAACCGUAGAGAGCUUGACUAUCAUGGUUAUUUUUUCUCAGGUUGGCAGCCCCUGCUUGUCCUCCCCAGGGGAGAACCUGCUUCUCCCUCAUCUGUGCUUCAGUCCGGCACAGGAGAACUACAGCCCAAUGCCUUCCUAAGAGCAGGGGCAGGCACCCUGCCCCACCCAAGAGCUGAGUUCCCUGCCUCCAAGUGCCACUGAUUUUCCACUGAGUCUGAAACCAAACCCAGCCCUGCGUUAGCAGGAAGGGAAGUUCGCAAAAUAGCCUUCACAGUGUAGUCAAGUGGCAGCCAAUCUAUCCUCUUCGCUGGUGUUUGCAGGGUCUGGGUAGCGAUGGGGAAUUGAAGAUGUGGAGAUUUUAGCCCUGAUGUAUAUUGGCCUAAUACCACUGAUGUGAGUGGACUUGUGCCUAGCUGAAGCAGGGCUGUGGAUGGCAUCAGUCUACAGGCCUGCUGUAUAAAAUGCCUUGUCAGCACUGCCAUUUAAAUUGUUGUUGGCCCAGGGCCCCUAUUUUUUUUUUCUGGUUGCUUUGGCCUCAAAGUUGUGUGGACGGGGGCCAUGCAGUAGCAGUGACAGUACUGCCUGUGCCUCCUCCAGAGAUGGAAAAACUCCCCGAAAGCGAGUUCUGGCGUGGGUGUUAACGGCCGCCUGUGGACAGCUCCUUCGUCUGUGCUGUUGAACUGAACUUUGCAAAGCAUCAAGGCCCGGCCCCAGCCCGGCUGUGGGAGCGAAAUGGGAGGACUCGUUAAUAAACAUUUUCUACAAUGUCUGGGCUGCGGGAGUCUUUGUCUGAGGCUUUGGUCUUAGGAUUUUUACAAAGCUGUUCUCUUCCCCCCCCCCCCCCCCAUGUGACCUCUUUGGUGGCUUCCCUUCCAGCUGCAAUAUGACCAAUGUAGUGUUGGUGCCGCAGUAUGCUGGCCUGAAGCGUUCUUUAGGCAGAGCACAGACCUCCCUGAUCCUCAGCCCAGUGCAGGCAGGGAGAAGGAGAUCCAGUCCCUUUGCCAACUCAGUCCUUGGGCUCUGCUGAGACUCCAGGCAUAGGGAAUCCUCCUCCCAGUAGAUGAAGCCUGGGUGGCAGAGCAUCUCACAGGUCUCCUGGGAGACUAAAGAACAAAGUCUGAUGUUAAUCUGAGCUGCUCCUGCUGCCGAGAUGCACCAAACUCUCUGCAUGUCAGGUGGUGAUCUCUGUGGUUACAUGCACGAACGCCUCUUCCAAUCUGUCCAGUAAAUGGGUUCAGUCUUAGCUUUAGUGAGCUAAGGAGGGUAAUAGUCUUUGGACUUUUCCAGCACCUUCCAUCCAAGGAUCUCAAGCCCCUUUACCAAUGUUAAAGAUGGCAGGGGAUUGGUGUCUGCUGGGGAAACAGAGGCGCAGCUGAGACGUGAGGGAUCUCUACCGAGCAGUGGCGCGUGUGUGGAGUGUUGUAUCUUUCAGCUUCCCACCGACACUGAU